AUGUCUGUCACUGGCAUCCACGGUCUCCAUCCUGAGGCCCCAGGCCAGGCAAGAUGGCAGCUGGGGGGCUGGGGGCGAGAAGCCCUGCCCACCUCAGCAGGUCCCUGUGCUGUGGCACCCACCCCCACCGAACCCAAGACCACCCCCUCAGCACCAGGAUGGGUGGGGCAGCCUGGGCAGGCUAGGUGGCCUGAGGGGUGUGGCCCAGGGUGGCGCCUGUCCCCUGAGCCCUGCCUGCUCAGCACUGCCCCUGCCUUUGGGGAGGGUGGCAGCUGCAGAACCACAAGCCCCAGCCACCUGCUCCAACCCCAGCAGACGGGGGUUCUGGGAGCGCCACUCGCAGGGAGCCAUGGGGAACAAGCCCGGCCCAGCAGGGGCCCCCAGGGCAGGGGUGGGGGGCACAGGGGCUCCCCGUUGACCCUCAGCCAGACCCAGGGCAGCAUCCCACAGGCCUGUCCUGACACCUGGCUCCACUGGCGCAGACCUGGAGGGCCAGCCGGGGCCCCUUGCACCCACCUCUUGCCCCCAGGCAGUCUCACCCAGACCCUGCAUCGUCCCCCCCCCCCACCCCACCGCUUCACUGAUCCAGGAACAGAGGCUGGUCCCAGGGGAGAGGAAGGGGCUGCCCUGUGGACCACCCAUCACCGCCCCCCACCAACCCCUUCCCAGUGCGGCACACACAAGCUAUGCCCUGCCUCUGCUCGGGGUUUGAGGAUUGGAAGCCCUGCUCAGCGCACGCUACGCUACGCUGUCCCCACAAGGUGGCGCCAUCGCCCCACAGGAACCCGGGGCCUGUGGAAGGUCCCGGCUGUGCCUCCGCCCCAGGGCAGCGUGGAGAGGCUCAGGGGCACAGGGGCCGUCCCGACAGCAGGAGGCGCUGACGCAGAGGCUCCUCUCUGUGGGCCCGGCCCCCGCACAGCUCCAGAGGGCCCCUGGCACCCUCCCACCCAACUCCGCAAGCACAGCCUGCAAGCCCCGGGGCCGUCGGGCUCCACACACAGAGGAAGUGCUCAGGCGGCUCCCCGCCUUCUGUGUCAAGGCUCCCAGAAGCAGGCGAGGGGCUGUCACCCCUGCCUGGAGGCCCCCAGGGGGCUCUUGACCCAACCAUGCCUCCAUCGGGCCAGGCUGCAGCCGGCGGAGGGGAAAGGAGGCACACACGGGAACGAAAAGUGA